AUGGCGAAGCUUUCGUCCGUUUUCGGUAUGAAGACCUUCCGGCAGAAUCAGCAGAAGGCUAUCAUCACCACCAUGGAUGGUAGAGAUGUUCUCGUGCUUAUGCCAACCGGAGGCGGGAAGAGCCUGUGUUAUCAACUCCCAGCUAUAUGUCAGACGGGCAAGACGCGGGGCGUGACUUUCGUGAUAUCUCCUCUCCUUGCCCUGAUGAGCGACCAAGUCCAGUCUUUGAUGCAGAAGGGCAUUGAUGUGGUUUGCUUCAGUUCCGACCAGUCGGACGAGACAAAUACCGAGGCGUGGAGAAAGCUGACAGGGAAAAGAAAGCCAGCUCUGGCCUAUGUCACGCCCGAGAAGCUGGAGAGUAGCGACAAGAUGCGGGACACCAUGCGCAGGUUGUAUGACAACAAGGAACUUGCACGGUUCGUUAUCGACGAAGCUCACGUCAUCUCAUCCUGGGGCAGGAAUUUCAGGACGGCUUACAAGCACCUGGACCGUCUGCGGCGUGAUUAUCCUGACGUGCCGAUUAUGGCUUUGACUGCGACCGCCAACAAGAAGACACGUAAAGACAUAAUCGAUAGACUAGGCAUCGGAAACUGCGAGGUCCUCCUUCAAUCCUUCAAUCGACCGAAUCUCCAUUAUACUGUGCGGCACAAGCGGAAGGGGAAACUUGGUAUUGAAGAUAUGGCGACUUUCAUCAAGUCUGAGCACCCGAAUGAGACCGGCAUCAUAUAUUCCAACAGCCGCGACAAGUGUGAAGAGGUUGCCAAGGAGUUGAGGGAGAAGUAUGGUUUAAGGGCGAAGCAUUUCCACGCGAAAAUGCAUAAUGAGGAUAAAAGACGGGUCCAGAAGGGCUGGCAAGAUGGCGAGUUCGAAAUUAUCGUCGCCACGAUUGCCUUUGGCAUGGGUAUUGAUAAACGUGACGUGCGAUUUGUCAUUCAUUAUUCACUCUCCAAGUCCCUGGAUGCCUAUGCGCAGGAAACCGGGAGAGCAGGUCGAGAUGGACAACCGUCGGACUGCGUUCUCUAUUAUGGUAGUUCAGACGUGAACACCCUGAUAAACCAGAUACGCGGCGACGAAGAUCUAUCACAGGAAGAUAAGCGGCUCCAAAUAAAUGAAGUGUGGCAAAUGGCAUAUUACUGCUUGAACGAUGUGGAUUGUCGUCGAGCGCAAUUACUGGCGUUCUUCGAUCAACCUUUUGACCCUAAAGACUGUGACGCCUCUUGUAACAACUGCGUCGAACCCAAGGAGUUGAAGCAGGAGGACGUCACUCGUCAGGCUACGAAUGCAGUCAAAUUGCUGCAAUCGAUGCUCGAGCGAGAGGCGCAUAUAACUCAAGCAUUGUGCGUGAACACCCUCCGGGGUAGCAAGUCGGCGGAAGUCACGAAAAAGGACUUUGACAAGUUACCUCUACACGGCUCCGCGGCUGACAUGCCUAUGAAUCAAGUUCAACGGCUAUUCACCCUCCUUUACUGCUUGAGCGCCUUCGAUAUCCAUACCGUAUCGAAUGGUAAUUGGAAUUAUGAAUAUAUGAAGGUACCCGUGAAAUCCCUUCUGUACUGCCAUUGCUGA